AUGGAAGACUCAAACGAGCAAUUAAUCAAUGUUAAAUUUCGUCCUUCUACUGGUGACGGCUUUGAUUAUAGAUUUGAUCCUGGGCAGUUAACGGUUCAGCAGUUAAAAGAGAAACUUGCUUUACGUACCACUAUACCUGCUGAUAGUAUGCGAUUGGUUUACUCUGGGAGGGUUCUGAAGGAUGAAGACAUGGUAGACCUAUAUGGUGUUAAAGAAGGCCAUACAAUACACGUGGUUCGAGGAGCAGAUAAUCGUGCGGCGGAACAAGCUGCCAAUGUGCCACCAUCAUCGACUGGCCAAAGGAGCACUAAUUCUGCGACAACAAAUCCCUUUGCCAAUUUCGAUCAAGAUUUAAUGAGAAGUAUGAUGAAUUCACCAAUGAUUAGGCAUCUCCUCUCUAAUCCAGAGAUAGUGAGAUCCAUGGUGAUGCAAAAUCCUACUAUGAGACAAAUGAUAGAACGAAAUCCCGAGAUUGGUCAUAUUAUUACAAUGGACAUGGCACGUAAUCCGGAAUUAAUGAGAGAAAUGAUGCGUAAUAAUGAUCGAGCUCUCGCGAACCUUGAAACUAUACCAGGCGGCUUUAAUCAUUUACGGCGGAUGUACCAUACCUUACAGGAACCACUUGAGUCUGCCGGUAGACAUAAUGAUCAAUCUUCAGAAGCAGCAAACCGACGUCUAGCUGAAAUGUUAAAUGUCGAAAGUCCUCCAGAGGGACGUAUAAAUGUUACACCGUUGCCAAACCCAUGGGCGCCACGUAACAAUAAUAAUUCGUCAACAUCAGGGAAUAUAACAAGUAUAUUUGGAGGAAUACCAUCUUUUGGUAUUAUGGGUUUACAAAUGCCUUUUCCGUCGCCAUCAUCAGCUUCCAGGAUUGCAAAUUCUACACAAGGCUCUACUACUCAAUCAACAACCCAAAACUCUCAGGCGAAUGGGACUCCUAAUGCAACGUCUCUCACGAAUGCACCUGGAACCACGCAAAAUUUUUCUAAUAUUAAUUUACCUCAGAACUUAUCAAUGUCAACCGACCCCGAAUACUCUAGACGAAUCCAGCAAGUUAUGCAAAGAUUUAUGCCAUCACAAUUUGCAUCGCGUCAGCAAAUGCCCCAACCUUAUUACCCUACAUCUCUUUUCGGAUCACCUAAUCCAUUUUUCACGAAUAUGUCACAAUCACUUGGAGCAUCACAAACAACAACUACUUCUGAACCUCCCGAAACGCGUUUUAGGGCACAACUUCAAACACUUGAGGAAAUGGGUUUCAUGGAUCAAGCUGAGAAUAUAAGAGCUUUACUAGCAGCUGGUGGUGAUGUUAAUUCGGCCAUUGAAUUGCUCUUACGAAAUCUGAAUUCAGCAUAA